UGUAGCAGACGAAACUAAGUUCCGCACAUCUUCUUAUAUUCUAAAAAAUUAGGCAAAAAAAUGACCUCAUCUUCACAAACACAGGUCGUGACAAGUUUUCGAAAGAAAGGAAAAGAAGCUUUAAACAUUAAAGGAACUCGAGUAUCAGUUCAAAAUGCGCAGCUCCUUACUUCCACUGGAUCAUCAACAUUUGAUUUUUUCCUAGGUGGAGGAUUAGCAAUUGGAACUAUUUGUUUAAUAGAGGAAGAUCAUUACAAUACCUAUUCCAGUCUGUUGCUAAAAUACUUUUUAGCUGAAGGCAUCAUUUGCAAUCAUUCUAUAUUUUUAGCAAGUGGUGAUAAAGAUCCUGAAAAACUUCUCAAGGAACUUCCUGGUAGUAAAAAUGUUGAAUUUGAAAAAGACUCCAAGCAAAUUGCUGAAGCUUCCAAUGAUGAUUUGAAAAUUGCUUGGAGAUAUAAAAACCAAACUUCUGCUGCAAAUGAUGCCAAAUCACCAACUUACAGUUGUGGCUAUGAUCUUUCAAAAACUAUACCUGAAGAAAUAUUAGAAAAGGCUGAAAUAACUACUUGGAAUCCAGCAGAACAUACUGCAUCAGAAAAUGAAAUUUGUGAUUUUGUUGACUCUCCCUACUCUGUUUUAUUUAAAACCAUUAAAGCUAAAGUACUGUCCGGAUUCAAAACCUCAGAGAAAACUUGUGAUAACGUGCUUAGGAUAGGAAUCUGCUCUAUGGGUUCUCCUCUGUGGCAGGGGAAUGAUAAUAAAAAGGAAAAUCUAAAUCUGAUUAGAUUUUUAUACAUGCUUAAAUCUUUGCUUAGGACAUCUUUUGCUGUUGCUGUUGUUACCCUGCCAGCAUUUUUGUUGAAGGACUUUGUUUUAACAAGCAGAUUGCAUCAGGUUGCUGAUACAGUUGUGAACUUGGAAUCGUUUGUCGGCUCCAACAAAAAGUCAAAUCCUUUAUUCAAAGAUUUUGAUGGUGAACUUUCAAUUUUGCAUCAGUGUUAG